AUCCUAAACCAAAAAUUAAAUUACGUUUUUGAUCUUUUUUGGGUUUCCUAAAUAAAAAAUAUCGAUGGUUUUCUCUCACACACAUCUAUCGUUUACUUUUAUGGCAGGCUAUCUGUAUGUGGUUUUUUGAAGCUUCCGCAACUUGAAAAAAGCUUUGUGUUUAACUGAAGUAGUCAUAUACACCUGAGGUGUCGUGAGGGUAAAUUAUGACUGAAUUUUCAUCUCUGAGCAAAUUAUUCCUUCAAAAAGCAUCAUCGACUGGCUGUAAUCGCAGUUUUGUGUGCGCGCAAUAAUGGCCACAGUGGUCUCAUACUGCCAUCUAGCGGUAUGUAAUGAAAACGUAUGCGGCUAUUGCGCUGCGAUUGAUGGACUGCAUCACAUAAUCGACUGAAGCGAGAAUGAUUUUUACGACAUAUUACAAAAUUAAAUGUGAAGUACAUUAGCAAGAAUGUAAUCUCAACUAGUUUACAAAAACUAUGUACCUCGCAUUUUUAUUCCAAGUUCUCUCAACAAUCAUUACAAUGGCUUGUAUAACAGGUGUCUGAAUUACAUCCAGACCGAUUUGAAACUGUCCCCCACGUGCAGUAAAAUCUCAACUGUCUCUCUCUGCCCAUGUGAUACGAAUUUUAAAGACAACAUCGUCUGUCUGUAAACUUUCGGAGCUAAAUUUAGCACCAGGUCGGACACGAGAUAUAAAAUAUAACAAGACCGAGUGAACCUGCGUUGGUCAAUUAUCAAGAAGAAUGGGUACAUUUCAAGGGGAGACGUCAUUUCCGCCCUGGUUUACUUUAAGGUCCUCCACUCUUACUCAAAAUGCGAAAUAAUCCCGUACGUGUGCUUGAACGUGUAUUUAUUUAUAUAGUCCUCCUCCUUUGGGCCAUGACAGGUGGCCCUCUCGGAUCCACCUGUCCAGCCUUUUCCGCGUCCACACGGUGGCGGACAAAUCCAGAAAGGGAGCAGUCAUUCAAGAAAUGGCAUGCUUAAGUGCCACGGGGCCACGGAAGACCUCCGGACACCGGAUCAGAAGCAGCUGCCCCCCGGCUGCUAUUUUCACUCAUCUAAAAGCGCCAUGGGCAGCCAGCAUCUGCACCAUGGGCUACCCGCGACAAGCACCAUGAAGUCCACGCAUCCCACGCACGACACCCAGAGUCUGCCCUCCGAUCCCGACGAGCUCGACAGCGCGAGCGACAGCUCCGAGAAAUCCACCGGGGCCGGGAGUCCCACGCGGGGCCACGGGGAAGGCGCGAGGCGCCGUGGGCUACGCGGGCUACGCAGACUCGCGGGCGUGAGCAAACAGCGCCAGGCAGCUAACGCGCGAGAGCGAGACCGCACGCACAGCGUCAACACGGCCUUCACGGCUCUGCGCACCCUCAUCCCCACGGAGCCGGCGGAAAGGAAGUUGUCGAAAAUCGAGACUCUGCGAUUGGCGUCCAGCUACAUUUCGCACCUGGCCAACGUGCUGCUGCUCGGGGAGGACUGCAGGGACGGACAGCCGUGUCUGAAGUAUCACAAUAUCUUACAAAGCACCAACCUCAAAAAUCCUCCGGUACGACCCAUCUGCACUUUCUGCCUUAGUAACCAAAGGAAAACGUUAAGAGACGGGGACAAGCACACGCCUGCGUGACAGCAAAGGCUCUCUGACUGACAGCUGCUAUGCACGAGCCCCAACUCCUGAAUGUUUACAUGUAAAGAGACAUCAACCUUGCACAGAGACACAAUAUUCUGCUGUAUGUGUUUUUUUCCCUAAAUUUCUGGGGACAGACGAAAAGAUUGGAGCAGAGAGACGAAUCUAGGAAUACUGCACUUUUUCACCUGCGUUUACCGUCUGCGUGCGCGUGCAUGUGUGCCCCCUUAUCAAGCGUGUUUUGGUUAAUGUAACCGGAGAAUAUGUGUAAAGUUGCACCUGGUCGAAGGCUAUUUCAGUAUCAGAUAUAGUAAGCCACACCAUCCCUUGCCUUUAAAAAAGCCACUCCUGUGUCUGCCUGCGCACGUCACAUGAUGGAAAUCAAAACCCUGCGCUUUGCAGCGGUCGCUGUCAGUACAACGGCGGGCAAAAGCUCAUCCCCUCCCUCGGUCCCGGGACAGAGCCGUGAUCCCAACUUGGACAUAGAGACAGUAAACAAGAUUCUAACCUCUCGGUUGGGUUGAGCAUGCUAAAGAUUUAUUGGGAAAUGGCACGUGACGCGGUAAUCUUUGGAGUAAAGGACGGCGGAUGACCUGAUUCAUGAUCCUGUCCCACAUGCCACCCACAUCUGAGUUUAUACUUUGUUGAUAAAAUGUCAAAUUACUGUUGGGUGGUAUUGCGCACUGGCACGGCACAGCGUGCGCUUUAAUGAUCUAGGAGGAACGCAAUGUGCCCUCUUUGUUAACAUUUGGAUCCUAAAGCGCGCACUCCAAGAUGCAUUUAAAGGGAUAGUCCUCCCAAAAAGAAAAAUUCUGUAAUGAAUUACUCUGCCUCAAGUUGUUCCAAACCUGUAUGAAUUUCUUUGUUCUCUUGAACAGAAAGAAAAAUAUUUGGAUGAAUGUUAGCAACUGAGCUUUCUGAGGUACCACUGACUACCAUAGUAGAACAUUUUAUUUUAUGUACAAGUAAUUCAUGACAGAAUUUUCCUUUUUGGGUGGAGUAUCCUUUAAUGCAACUUAUUGCUCAAUACUUGAUUCGCUCCCCGCCUAUGACAAUAGUAAUACAUACUUUUAACAAAACAUGAAUUUGUGGUUGCUUAUGCACUUAAACUUGCUCUAUAGUAAAAAAUUAGCAAAACUUUUCUGCACUGAAAUGCGAUUGACAAAUUCUGAAAUUUUUACAACAUAGGUUACGGUUCAAUUGUAUUUUUGCAUCGUCUAAAAACAAUGCAAGAAUGUAGCUACACAAAAUCAUAACUGACCACAUUUACUUUUGUGUUCCUUUAGAAAUAUCAUUUCAGAAGCAAAAUGGUUUGUUUAAGCAGCUUUAUGUUGACUAAGUAUAGUCCACUGAACUUUUUUGUUUGAUCCUAAUGGCAUUUUAUGCAACAUUGUAAAAUGUGUAUUUCAUGUUUAGAUCAGAGUUCUUUUAGUACUACAAGUAGCUAUAUUAAACAUACAUGUUUACGGCAUGUGUUGCACAAGUCUUUAGUCAGUGACAGGUUGUGAAUAUUUUUUCUUUAGUUGCAUUCAGUGGUCAAUGAAUCUCACAUUGCCUCAAAAUGAAAAAAUAUUGAAGAAUUGUAAAAUUACUGUUUACUACAUUACAUUUAUUGCCAGUCAUUUGUAUAUAACUUACCCCAAUAUUUAAAAUUGCAUUUCACCACUAAUAUGGCCUACCUCUAAACAUUGCAAUACUUGAAAACUACCUUCUAAAAGUGUUCUUUGCACAUGCCAAACAUCCAAGAGCUGCUAUAUAAUAAAGUAUUUUUGUAAAGACUUGCACUUUGUGACUGUUUUCAACUAUCUACUUCAUCCUGGGACGUGUUUAGAUCACCCACCUGGAAAGCGGCAACUACAACAAAUGUUGCUUAAAAGGUUUCAACAGUUUCAUACUAGAUGUGGCUAGUACUGAGGAGUUUUUACACGAGUACAUUCAGUAUCUGUGCUUUGUAAAAUUGUAUAAUGCAUACUUAACUCCACAUUUUAACCUGUAAUGCUCAUAACAAGAAAUAUUUUAAUGCACUUUAAUGCAAGUACUACAGGUAAAAACAACAUUAAGUGUGGAGUACAAAGUACAUGCAUUACAAAGUAGAGUACAUUUUUUCCAAAGUAAAAACCGUGAUAAAGUAAUAAUAAACAUGAAAAUGUCCACUAAAA